AACGCAGAGCGCUGCGAGCAAUGGGCCGCCGGCUCAAACGCAUUCAGCUCGUCUCUAUCAGUUAUUCGUAACAAAAUUUAGUAACAUAUUGUGCUUGGUGUCAUUUCAAUGUAUAAACACAAGAGGAAGUGAACUCGCGAGUUAGUAUCAUUUUAUUGUUGACUGCUGCACAACGGCAUCAAACACUAUCUAAAACUGUAUCGUAUGCAUAAAAGUCAUUAUAAUUAGAAAUCAAGAUGAAUUUCAUAUCAAAUGUACUGGAUUCGAUCCCUGUAGUGGGGCAUGUAAAAGGUACCGUGCAUUAUCUAGCUGGCGACUUGGACGGAGGGAACAGGGCAAUGUACCAGGCGUCGCGGUCGACGGCGGUGCUGGGCGCGGGCGCGGCCGGCUGUCUGGGCGGGCCGGGCCUCGGCGUGCUGGCGGCCAUGAACGCGGGCACGGCACUGGACCUGGCGGCUUCUGUGGUCUCAGGCAAGCCACAAGGGAUUGUUAACAACAUGGCAAAUGUAGGAAAAGAUAUCGCUGAAGGUAAAAAUCCAACUGGAUCUAUAAUAUCUGCAGGUAUACAGUUAGCUGCAGAUGGAGCGGGCGGUCUAGGAAUGGGUGGAGUGUCGAAUGCAGCCACUCAAAUUUCUGAGAAAGCUGUGGCAAAUACGAUACAAAAAGUUGGAGAAAAAGUAGUUACCGCUGUUGGUGAAAAAACACUUCAGAAGACGUUUCAAGUUUCAGCCGCGCAAGUGACAAAUACGAUUGCAAAAAAAGCGUCGGAAAGGGUUGUUAAAAAAGUUAUCGAACAAACAGUAGUGGUAGCAGAGAUUGCGUUGGUUUCUGCUCACGUAGAAAUGAGUGCUAAAAAUAGGACUGAACAGGAGGAAAAAGAGAAAGAAGAGCAGGAGGAACGUGAACGGAGUGAAAGGAGAGCUCGGAGAGAAAGAGAAAGACGUGCUCAAGAAGAAAGAGAGCAAAGGGAAAGAGAGAGAAUUGCACGUGAAGAACGGGAAAGACUUGCUCGGGAAGAAAGAGAGCAAAGGGAGAGAGAGAGAAUUGCACGUGAAGAACGGGAAAGACUUGCUCGGGAAGAAAGAGAGCAAAGGGAGAGAGAGAGAAUUGCACGUGAAGAACGGGAAAGACUUGCUCGGGAAGAAAGAGAGCAAAGGGAGAGAGAGAGAAUUGCACGUGAAGAACGGGAAAGACUUAUAAGAGAGCAAAGAGAAAGAGAAGCUUAUCAAGAUAGGGAGAGACGAGCUACUGAAGAGCGGGCACGCACACAAGUCGAAAGAGAACAGUUGGAAAGACAAGCUCGCGAACAGAGUGCUCGCGAGCAAACACAGCAGAUGUCAGGGCAGGCCCGAGCGCGAGAACAGGAUGAGGCGAGGGACCCGGCGGAGCCGGACACUGGCGCUCCUGAGGAUCCAAAACCUUCGGAACCGAAGAGAAAUAAAAAAGGCAAUAAAUUACUCUUGUUUUUACUAUUUCUGUUAUUAUUACUGAAGAAACUCUUAGAAUAUCUUUGGCAAUUACUGAAGGCUUACUUCUUGAAAUUCCUUUUACUUUUUAUUCUUUUAGCUAUAAUUUUAUACUACUAUCGAAAUGAAGAAUAUAUCAAAUGGGAGGGCCAAUAUACAUCUAAUCCAUACAGGUUAAUAUAGUAAUGAAAUUAUUACUUCUUUGGGUCAAAUUAUUUUUACAUUAAAUUAUACAAUUGUACUUUGACUUUACCUACUUUAAUGUAUGAUUGUUAUACUUAAUAUGAUAUAAGUAUACUUGUUUAUUUUGCAUAAUAAAUAAAACUUUAUUUUAGUA